UUAGAAUAGACAUGAAUAGAGAUUCAUGGCUGAGACCAUCUCUGGAGAGCAAUGUCAGAGAAGGAUGCAGAGUUCAAAAUCCUUGCCAUGGAAAUCCCUGUCCGAAGAAUAGUACAUGUGUGGACCUCUGGGAUCAUUAUGAAUGCCAGUGUGACAUGGGCUUUAUUGGUCAGCAGUGUCUUCCUGUUUGUGAAAUGAAUCCUUGUGCCACUGGGUCUAUUUGUAGGCCAUCUGUAAAAGAUUCUUUCCACAACAGUCAUAAGUAUGGCUACAGCUGUGAAUGUGAUUCUCUGCACACUGGAGAAUACUGUGAGAUGCCUCUGGAUCAUCCUUGCCCUUCCAACUGGUGGGGCUAUCCAAUAUGUGGGCCCUGUCAUUGUGACACUAGCAGAGGUUAUGAUGCUAACUGCAAUAAAACAAAUGGGGAAUGCAAGUGUGAGGACAAGCAUUUCCAACCCCUGCACAGUGACAUCUGUUUUGAUUGUGAUUGUUAUGCAACAGGCUCAUUUGGAAAUCGAUGUGAUCCAAUUACUGGUCAGUGCAAGUGUAGAGCUGGUGUCAUUGGACGUAGGUGUGAUUCAUGCUCUAACCCUUUUGCUGAAGUUACUCUGAGAGGAUGUGAAGUUGUUUAUGAUGGCUGCCCUCAAUCAUUCAGCAUGGGAAUCUGGUGGGAUCGAACUUUAUUUGGUCAAGAAGCCUCACAUUCUUGCCCUAAAGGUGCAGUUGGCAAAGCAACUAGAUACUGUGCUCAAGAUACAGGAUGGGAAGAACCAGAUCUUUUCAAAUGUACUUCCGAAACAUUCUUAGAAUUGGCUGAUCAGCUUGCUGUUAUUGAAAGAGAUAAACUUCCUUUGAGCACAUAUCUUGCUGUGAAGAUCUCAUCAGACUUGCAAAUUGCCACAAAUGUUACUAAAAAUUUAUAUGGUAGUGAUAUUUUAAUUGUGGAUCGAAUGUUGUAUCAUGUGCUAAAGUACGAAACCCAGCAAGGUGGUCUCAAUCUGACUCAUAGGCAAGAUAAAGAUUUUAUAGAAAGCCUUGUAGAAUCUGCCAGCAAAAUUCUAGAACCAAGAUAUACCUCCAUGUGGGAUAGAAUUGCAACAUUCACUGGUACUGGACCAGAGCAUCUCAUAUUUAUGUUUGAACAAUAUGCAAGAACUCUAAUUCAGAACCAAGAAGAUACAUUUACAGAACCUUUUGAAGUUGCUUCUAAGAAUAUGGUGUUUGGAUUGGAUACAGUUUCUGCAUCAGAACUUUGGUGCCUUCCACCUGGUCAAGAAAAUACAAAUUUUGCAAAUGCUUCUUUGUCUCCAGAAAUGUCAAAAUUUGUUGAAGUAAUUGACAUGGAAGAAGGUCCUUCGGUUUUGAUCCCAAAAUACAACAACUUCCCUGUGCGUCAAAAGUAUAUGGAUGAUGUUACAAGGGCUAUUGUUCCAUUGAAAAAUCUCAAUAUCAAAGCUGGAAAUGAUUUCAAGAAAGCCAAAGGUAUGCAGAUUUUUAAGGACAGCGGUGUUAUUGCCUAUGCUAUUUAUCCCACAGUUGGCCAGAUGCUUCCAGACUUCUAUGAUAUAUCUGUCAGACAGAGAUUCGGGAUCACUCUUUCUGCCAAUACUCCCAUGAUGACCAUCAUAGCUCAACCAGCUAAUAGCAGUACUCUUCUGGGAGAAAAUUUAUCUCAGAAUUUCCGCUUCAGGUUUAGAAUUCAUGAUGUGACUGAUCAUACAAGCCCACAGUGUGCUUACUGGGAUUAUUCUUUGGGAUCUAGAGGCAAAUGGUCAACAGAGGGUUGUAGUACCAUAGGAACUAACUACGUUAGUGUUCUCGGAGUUCAGCCCUACGUAAAUUGUUCUUGUUCACAUCUGUCAACUUUUGGUGUAUUAAUGGACAUCACAGAUAAAGAAUAUUUCAUGGAAGAAUCAACAGCUCAGGAUGUUGUGUCCUAUUUGGGGAUAGUAAUUUCACUGCUGAUGCUGCUGGCAGCCUUCCUUAUCUUCUGCCUUCUGAGGGGACCUCAGACAAAUAGCAACAAUAUCCAUAAAAAUCUAGUGGCAUGUAUUUUCAUUGCACAGUUGUUGUUUCUCAUAGCUCUCAAGCUGAGGCGACCUUUGGUGCAAAGAGAAUUUCCCUGUAAAGUGGUGGCUAUCAUGUUGCACUACAUGUUCUUGUGUGUGUUUUCCUGGAUGUUCCUUGAAGCUGUUCACAUAUAUAGAAUGCUUACUGAAAUGAGAGAUAUUAAUCACGGACAGAUGCGGUUUUACUAUUCAAUUGGAUAUGGUGCUCCAGCGAUUGUUGUAGGUCUCUCAGUUGGUGUUAGAGCAGACCAAUAUGGGAAUUAUUUUUUUUGCUGGCUUUCUAUUUAUGAAAGUGUCGUAUGGAGUCUUGUGGGACCUAUCUGCUUUGUAGUUUUGUUAAAUCUUGGUGUUUUCGCUAUGGCAAUAAGAGCAAGUGUGCAGAUUAAAGAUACUGUUAUGGAUUUUGGAAAUUUAAGGACAGUGUUGUGGCUUGGAAUAAUUCUACUGCCAUUGUUGGGUGCAACUUGGGUCUUGGCUAUUUUAUCUGUCAAUGAAUCUUUGGAAGUUUUGCAUUAUAUUUUUUCAAUUUUCUCGUGUAUAACGGGCAUAUACAUUUUUGUUGGAUAUUGCAUCAUUAAUAAAAAGGUUAGGCAACAGCUGCAUCACACUUGGGCCCGUUUAAGAGGAAAGAAGGUGCCUUAUGAUGAGAGCCUGAGUGGCACAAGGACUACUGUAGUAUCUCGUUCAGCAUUGGCUUAUCAGAACUCCUCCUUUGACGUCUUGCAGCGUAACAUGGGAAUUUCGACUUCUUCCACAACAAGUCGAUCCACAACCAAGACUUCGAGCAGCCCAUACCGCUCUGACUCUCAUUUGAAAAACACUUCCACUUCGACUUCUCAUGCCGGGUCGGAGCCAAGACGCAGAUCGUCUCGCAAGGGUUACUUGUAUGGAAGACAUAGGCACAAGCAUAGAGAUGUUGACGAUCCAGACACAGGAGAGAUCAAUCGUCGAAGGACUCGUGAUUCAGAUUCAGAAAGCGACCUGUCUCUCGACCAUGCAUCUCUAGAUCUGGCUUCCAGCCAUUCAUCUGAUGAAGAUGAGUAUAAUGGAGACACAUGGAAGAAAAAAGCUACAAAGAAGCCACCUGAAGUGCCACCAAAGCCUAAUAUAAUGGGUGAUCCAGCUUUAUAUGGAACAAAUACAGUUCCAGCAAAAGGGUUCAAUCUUCCUCCCGGAAAUAUUGGCAGCAAUAUUUCACCCUAUGCACAAUACAAUAGUUCCUGGGGUUUACCUCGCAACAUCAUUCCUUCAACUCCUGUGGGACCAAACGAGAGCAUUGGCCUGACCGUGGGCCUUCCUUCCAGAGAUCCAAUAGUGCCCUGGGGAAGAGGAAACACCAAUAGGGAGAAAGGCGCAACCGUACCCCAGCGGCUGCAAGAUAUAUCUUCCUAUUUGGAUCCAAAUUUCACUCCGGAAUUAUUGGAUGAAGUCUCCAGCCCCGAACAGCUUCCUGUACCCGAGCGAUGCGAUAGCCUACACUCUAGUGUUAAUAAUGUAAAUAAUAAUUUAAAUACAACACAGAGUGGUGAACAAGAACCGAGAGCAGAACCCAACAAAGAAACUAAUAUAAAUGUAUCUUCUGCUCUCGAAGGGAAGAAAGUUGUUCUACCUCAACUAACAGCUGCAGAAGUUUCUUCAGAAUCAGAAGAGGACGGAAAGUAAUGAGACAUCUGUCUGACAUCACAGAAAUUUACAAAGGAGAUAAAUCAACACCUUAUUUUUUCAUUUUUACUCAAGAAAUUUUCUCCUUCUAGGAAACAAAAGAAACAAAACUUAUUAUGAAUUUGUAAAUAUAAUUAGGAUGUAAUUGUUCUACCUACUUUCCUGUCAUGAAAGUUUCAAGUUAAAAAUGGCAACAUUUUCUUCUACCAUGAGUCAUAUUCCCAUUUCUAUAAAUACAAAAAACAGGACUGCAGUUUCCUUAGCAUUUAGAGAAAAACACAUUUAGACUAGUUUAAAAUAGAGCUAAUUGCAUUCAUCCCUUUUUCAACAUCUCUAUUUUUUCAAAUGAAAUUUAUUUUAUAGUGUAGUUUAUAUGCAUAUUGUACUCAUUAAUUGUGCUUUCUUAAUCUCUUUUUUUUUUUUUUUUUUCAACAAAAUUAUUGUGCCAAAUCAUUUGCAUUAUAAAAUUGGAUCAUUUUUUAUAUUUAUGUAAUUUAUAUUUACAUUCCAUUUGAUGUCAGAUUGAAGCAUAUGAAUUUUUAUCAUAAGUUGAAAAAGAAAGGACACUGAGCUGUAAAAUCUGACAUUUUGUUGCUGCAGCCUUCAAGAGGUUAAACGUGGCUUAUUCAUAUUUGACUACAUGUCAUGUACUUAUUUCUGAAAAUUAUAUGUUUAAAAUGAGUGCACAAGAAUAUUGGGGAAGAAAACAAAUAAGUAUUUACAAUGAAACAUUCUUAAUUGAAGUAAAUUAUAUCCUUCUGUUGCCUUCCUGAGGGCUGAGAGAAAUUCGUUAAUUUUUCUACAUAGUUUAUAAGAAGUUGUUGUUGGUAAAUAAGAGGCAUACCAAACCUCAACAAUGUUUUCUUCCAAUGCAAAAUAUUACAUGCUAACUGAAAAAUAAAUGAAUGAAAUUCCAAAAAAUUAAGUCCAUAUUUUCCAUAGUUUAAUAUUAUGAUGGUUAAUGAAUUAUAUUUAAUAUAACUUAUGACUUUCAAAUCUUAUAGUUCUAAAUAAUUAUUGUCAUUACCUUUGCUCAUUAAUUCAUCUCAAUGAUGACCAACUUAACUGAAAAUACUUAUAUGGAAAUAGCACUAUUGCUCACAGUAAUCUAUGUAUUAUUAUUUUAAACAGUGAGGCUGAGGUACACUGGGAAAAAAAAUGGGACAGUUCUAUAUCUCUUGUUCUACUGUGCCGAUUGACGAAAUUCAACUUAUGCGUUUUAUGUCUCGAAAGCACGACUUAGGAUAUAUAUUAGAUUUCUAUAUAAAUUUGUU